AUGUUUACACGCCCCCGGUCCUUCCAGCAGCUGAUUAUUCUAGAUCGACGGGUUCUCUGCCCACUCUCUCGUCGCACGCUCAGCAUCAUGCCUCCCCAGAAACGCAAAGCCACGAAUAAUUCCACGAGCACCGGAGAUGCCAAUGACCCAUCCCCGGCCGCGAAACGCGGCAAGCCGGAUCUGACGCGUCCCCAUCCUCAUGCUCGACAGACAGAAGACUUUGGCAUCGUGCUGCGCGACUUCUAUCCGCCCGAGAUGAACAACGAACGCUGUGCCGCCUACAAUAAUGGCACAAUAGAACGCCCGAUUGAAACGUUGCAAAAGGCCUACGAGGAGACGCAGGAGGAGCGGCAAGCGAUUCAGCCUGGUAGGGCUGUUGUACACCGGUUUAAAUCAGAUCUCCGAUUGCAUGACAACCGCGCGCUGCAGAUGGCCUACCAGGUGGCACGCGACCAUGACGUCCCGCUCCUGGCACUCUACAUCUUCUCACCGGAGGAUUUGACCGCGCAUCUGGCCAGUCCAGCACGGGUGGAUCUAACCAUUCGCACACUGGGUCAACUCCAGCGAGAUUUGGGUGAGCUGGACAUCCCCCUCUAUAUCGAGACCUGCCAGAAACGCAGUGGGAUACCCCAGCGUAUCCUCGAAUUAUGCCAGGAAUGGGGUUCUAACCACUUAUUCGCCAAUCUUGAGUACGAGGUAGAUGAACUGCGCUGCGAGGCCACUUUGAUCCGACUCGGGGCUCAGAGUGGCAUCAAAGUCGAGGCGGCCCAUGAUAGCUGCGUCGUCACCCCCGGUCAGCUCGCAAGUCAACAGGGAAAACAGUACGCGGUGUACACGCCAUGGUAUCGCUCAUGGGUCGCCUUCUUGAAGAACAACCCCGAGUACCUAGAGGUGGUCGACGAGCCCGGCGCCAAUCCGGGAGAUGCCCGCAAGCAUUUCAAAUCGUUGUUUGACUGCCAGUUGCCUCCUGCACCGGAUAACAAACAACUCUCUGACGACGAGCGAAAGCAUCUGCGCCAACUAUAUCCAGAAGGCGAGCACGAGGCGCUACGCCGGUUGGAAGCGUUCCUCGAUGAGAAAGUCCGUCAAUAUGACGAUGGCCGAAACAUCCCGGCGCAGCAAAAUACGUCCGUCCUCAGCCCGUACUUCGCGUCCGGAUCGCUCAGCGCUCGAACUGCGGUUGCGAAAGCGCGCCAAUCCAACAAAAAUCAACUGGAUCGCAAUGAUCCCGGAACAAUGGUCUGGAUCAGCGAAGUGGCGUGGCGUGACUUUUAUAAGCAUGUCCUUGUCCAUUGGCCAUUCAUCUGUAUGAACAAAUGCUUCAAGCCCGAAUUCACCAAUAUCGAGUGGGAGUACGAUGCUGACCAGUUCGAGGCGUGGUGCCAAGGGAAGACCGGCUUCCCCAUCGUUGACGCAGCUAUGCGGCAGCUGAAACAUGACGCUUGGAUGCACAACCGACCGCGCAUGGUGGUCUCCUCGUUUCUUUCCAAAGAUCUGAUGAUUGACUGGCGACGCGGCGAGCGGUACUUCAUGGAGAAUCUAAUCGACGGUGAUUUUGCCUCUAACCACGGCGGCUGGGGAUUCGGAUCCAGCACGGGAGUCGACCCGCAGCCGUACUUCCGUAUCUUCAACCCGUUGCGCCAAAGCGAACGAUUUGACCCGGAUGGUGCUUAUAUUCGUCAAUGGGUCCCGGAGCUGCGCGACGUCGAAGGCGCCGCCAUCCAUGAGCCUUAUAAUCGGGGUGCAGGCAAGAUUGCGCAACAAAACAACUAUCCGCGGCCCAUUGUCGAUCAUGCCACGAGCCGGGAUCGAGCGUUGGAACGGUACAAAAAGGCCAUUCAGGGGUAG